AUGCAGCAGGCUAGUGUAGGUGGCUGCAACGAGGACUCCGACACGACGAGUCCCCCGGCGAGAUCGCCGGUUGGUUUCGCCAUCAAGAGCGAACCCGGCAUAGACAGGAACGACGGUGUAAGAGUUAAAGUCGAGAUGCCCGAGCCCACGGAGGCCGGCGUCGAGAUCAAAGGUGAACCCCGGGAGGAUUAUCAGCGGCAGCAGCUCGGCAACGACGCUUAUCACUACGGCGGCGACAAGAAGCCGGGAUUAUACGUUCUGGACGCUCCUGGACAACCGCCACCGCCACCGCUGCCGCAUCAGGGAUACCACCGUCCCGUGGGACUGCCAAAUUCUUUCGGCUUCCCUCCUUUUUACGGGCAUCAUCAUCCGGCUAUGAUGCCGUCGUUUCCAACCGGACGUCCGUCGUCGGACGGCCCGAUCGGUAAGAUCGACGGCCACGAGCAGACGACGCCGUCGCACGUCGAUCGACACGCGGCUGUCGCCGCCUACGGCAGAUUGCCACCGAUUCCCAACGACGGCUUCCUGCACGAGCCCCAUCAUCACCGCUUCGACGCUGGCGACUUUCAGCACGGUGUACCGUAUCCGGGCUUCCGGCCCGCCAUGCGUCCCUACGGCAAUCAUCAACAACAGAACAACAGCGCCUACAGCAGAAGCAGCCACUAUCACCAGGCUAGGCAGCGCAAGUGGAGCAGCACCGCGUUCCGCGGUCUUCAUCCACCGAUGCCCUGGCCCACGUGGUUUUUCCGGCCAGAUCUUCCACUUGGCACGCCACUACCGACGAGUCACGUCCCAAAUUCGAGUAACGUUCCUACUUCGUCGCCUCUACCAUCUCGAACGCAUCUGGAUGUUCCGAAAGGGCCGGAGCCUCCUUCGAACAGCAAUAAAGUCCAUGGACAGACGCCAACGAUAUGCACAUCUAUCCGCUGUACGGUGAACGGCUGCUCUUGCGAAUCUUUCACACCCGGGAAACGUCAUCUGCGCUACUGCGAGAACUGUCAUCAUGGAUGGGUGCCUCACGUUUCUGAAUGCAAGGAGGUGAUCCAGGGGCCGAUCGGCCACUGUGUUUCGCACAGUUUCAUCGUCUGA